AUGUCCGACUCAGUAGAUCGCGUUUUCAGUCAUGCGCUCAACACAGUGAACAAGAUACGGACUGGCUCGGAGAAACCCCCAGCCAGUGUCCGACUAAAGCUCUAUGGCUUAUACAAGCAAAGCAUGGAGGGGGACGUUGAGGGGAUACAAGAGCGUCCCGAGGGCCAAGGAGAAGAAGUUCAUAGGGCGAGGGAGAAGUGGGACGCCUGGAAGUCGCAGCAAAGCCUCACCCGGACCGAGGCAAAGCGACGGUACAUUACAACUCUUAUCGAAACAAUGAAUCGAUACGCUUCACCGAGCCCGGAUGCUCGUGAAUUGGUCGCCGAACUUGAAUUCGUCUGGGACCAGGUCAAAUCAAAUGUCCCUUCCUCAUCUUCAUCAUCGCCGCUACAAACUAUCGGUGGAGGGUCAUACCCUGUCAAUCUAGGCUUCUCACAAGAUUCUCGCCAGUUCCGAGACUCGCCGCCGCGAGACUACGAAGAUACAAAUACAGACGCUCCAAUGAAGGUCCUCAGUCCAUUAUCGCAGAGUGAAGUGGACGAAGUAGAAGAGGCGGCAGAUGAAGAGUUUGUAGAUGCUCAAGAUUCCCGCUAUGAUGUGCAAGACGGACGAGAUUCAGAACGGAAUGCAGACAAGGAGGUCCGCCCGUUGCCAACACCCUCCCCAGACAAAAAAUGGAGGAAAAGUGUUGAACAGGCAUUGGUCAAGAUGACUGCAGAAGUGGCGGCUUUACGAGAACAACUCCAAUCGCGGCGAAUAUUUGGGGUGCGGCGGCAACACAGCUUUUUGGGAUGGUUUACCUGGAUCACAUGGACUGGGCUUAAGAUCGUCGCAGUUGAUGCUAUCAUACUGUUCGUAGUCCUGAUCUGGAUGCGACGAAAAAAAGAUCGUCGACUUGAAAAUGCGAUCCGAGUUCUGCUCGGAGAUGCAGCAAUCCAAGUCAAGAAAAGCAGUGCACAAAUGGGCGCCAACAUCGGAAAAAUUGCGCUACCGAAACUACCAGCCAAAAAUUGA